GACCUACUUAUCUCGAGCUCCGUGGUUAACUAUGUCUGCUAAGCGGCGGUCGAGCGAAACAAGCACAGGAGCGUGUAUCAAAAAAGACAAACGGGGGGAGUCUGCCAUGAUCAAUCCCGACCUCGAGGACACUGUCAUUCGGAACGGGAUGACAGGCGCGUGGAAGAAGAGGUCGCGCUACUCACACGGAAGCGUCCAGCUGGACUGUGAGCCGUUUCCACAUUGUAAAAUCAGUAACUUUAUUCACAAUGAAAGUUUUGCUGAGGGACUGAAAAAUGAGCUACUUCAGGUUAAUUUCAACGGCAAAUCAAACGACCUGUACAAAUUCCAACAGUCUGACGAUCUAAAGACUCGAAAUGAUCAUCAUAUUUCUGAGAUGAGGUCCCUCAUUUUUGUACAGUUUCGCUCAUGGCUGUCUGAGGUGUUAGAAGUGGAUUUUGAGCCGACCAUUGACCUAUCAUGUGCUAAAUACGAGCGCACAGAUGUGCUGCUGUGUCACGAUGAUGAGCUGGAAGGCCGGAGGGUGGCGUUCAUCCUUUACCUUGUGCCCACCUGGGACGUGUGUGAUGGAGGGAUGCUGGACCUGUACAGCACUGAUGAGCACUACCAGCCAGUGAGCGUAGUGAAGUCUCUCCUGCCAUGCUGGAAUACCCUGAUGUUUUUUGAAGUGUCUCCUGUCUCUUUCCACCAGGUGUCCGAGGUGCUUGCAGAAGGGAAGUGCAGACUCUCUAUUAGUGGCUGGUUUCAUGGCCCCUCCCUACAAAGACCCCCACGCUACACAGAGCCCCCAGUCCCCUGUCACACACACAUCCCCAGAGAUCAAAGUGUGUUAUUUGAGUGGGUGAAUGAGGUGUACCUGGAACCGCUGUAUCAGGCACAAGUGCAGCAGGAAUUUGAGAGCAGUUCAGAAAUUCGCUUACCAAAUUUCCUACAGGAAGAGAAAUUGAAGCAAGUGUGUGAUGCUCUGCGAUUGGCUGAAAUCCAGUGGGAGGGAAGAGGUCCACCCAAUAAGAGGUGCUAUGCAUCUGCAGAGCUGCAGAGUGUCCCAGCAUGCCUAAAGGAAUGCUGGGAGCUGCUGUCCUCUGAGCCAUUCUUCCUGCUGUUGUCCAACCUGACGGGUCUUUCUCUGCACUACUUGGCUGAGAGAGACAGCGAGGAUGGAGAACAGGACGCGGAGGAAAACGACACAGGUGGACCAGACACAAGUAGUACUUCUUCACCGGCUGAGAAAAAAGACAAAGGCCCUCCUAGCUGUGUUGGUGAACUGCGACGCUGGGCUCACGGUGAUUACACUCUCCUGCACGACUCCACAAAAAGGGAGUUUGCACUAGACUUGCUUCUCCACCUGGGCUGCACAGGGUGGAAGCCGGAGUUUGGAGGCUUUACUUCCUAUGUUGCACACGACGAAGACGAAGAGCUCCUCACUGUGUAUCCAGAGGAUAACUCCUUGUCUCUAGUCUACCGAGACAAAGAAACUCUUAAGUUCAUUAAACACAUCAACCACAGCAGUGCACAGUCUGAGCACACAGCCUACUAUGACUUCUCAUUCACCUACUACGAGUGAAUGGGACUACAUGUCAAACAUGGACAAUAAAGAUUCAAAUCUGUUAUACAGAUACACUAAAUUCAUACAGCACUUAAAAUACAUUACGUGCCAGGUUGUAGAGCGUUAAUAGCAAGUCUAACAUACAGGUAACAGGUAACAUAGGGGACAUCGUAGAUUGCUGAUUGCAAUUUGGUUUUGUAAAUUACAAAUAUUUUUGAGGUCUGUCUCAAAAUGUAUAUUAUUAGUUAUAACUGGUGUCAAUCAAUAAAAAUUGUAACUAACAUGGUACAGUGUGAUGACCUUGAACUGUACAUCAUUUGUGACACUUUGGUGAAUAAAAGUUUUUUUAUUUGCUA